AUGUUAGAGGAUGAGCUGUUACCCAAUACUACCCUGGUCCCAGAGGUUUUUCUUGAUUUUUCUUCGAGAAAGAGAUCAAGAGGAAGCCGCGAAGCGGCGACAACGAGUCGCGAAAGCGACGAGAGAGAGAAAAAACCUUUGGUUACCUUGGCCUCGAAUCUCACUUUCAUGCGGACGACAGGGUCAGGAUCUGACCCUCGGGCGUUGAUUGGUUGAUAGUUUUUCAAACACGCAAACCAAUUUGAUUGGCUCGUUUAAUUGUAACUACCGAGGGGACGCUGAGGAUUUUGACACCUCAUUUUGCCUCUCUCUACUAGGGAAGAAAAUUGUUUGUAUGCUGCACUCGCAAUAACAUUUGCACAGGACCAAGGCACGUAAAGGCACGCCAUAUUUCGAGAUUUUGACAUGGAUGUUGUUCCUGAAAGAAUAUUCGAAGAAAUUUUGACCUCGGUACUUAAUGAGCGCUUUCCUGAGUCUCGCUGAACAACAAAAGAAAGCUUUGUUCGCUGCGUUGAGUCGAAAGGAUGUGUUCACCAUUUUGUCAACCGGACAUGGAAAGUAUAUUUUCUGUUACAAUACUGUCAUUCCAUUAAAUAAACUAACUUGUUUAGGGCAGCAAAAUAAAAAAUCUCCGAAUACCGAAUGAAAGUUUCCUUGUAGGAAAAAAAACAUACAACUUUGUACAAGAUUUUCCUGCGAUGCCCAAAAAAGAUCUAGCCAACGUUAUUUUUGGCAUAGAUCUAUUCGGCUAACUCAAUGUUGUACCCAAUUCAAAUCUCCCGGGGAUAAGAUUCUUUGUGUAUUGCAUUUGCAUUAUAAUGUGGCAUUCACAUUUAAAUGAUAUGGAAAAGCCGAAUAGGUCUAUUGGGUCAACAAAAACCUCUGAAAGUACAUUCCGAACAUUAAGGGUUUGUUGUGCUGCAUGACUCUUCCUAGCGUCGUUGUUCCACAAAAAAAGGAAAUGGAGCCGCCAAACCAAAACGCGAGCCAGAUUGCCAGAAUACAUAUUAAUAUUACUACUUUGAAGGGAAUGCCCGCGCCCCGCAGAAGCAAACAAUGCAAUAAGCGCGAUUGAUAGACUCUUGCAAACUUUACAACUUUCCGCUGGCACACUGCCGACAGAACAGAUGACAGUGUUUGUGAAAAAUCCUUGUUAUUAUACCCAAAAAAGUUGAUUUUAGAUCGGCAACUUACUUUUACAUAAAUUCUGCAAAUCCUGCAGCAGUUGUUUGGAACAAUGUUGGUUUCUUUAUAAAGUGGUCGUCUUAUUCCUGGACUCUUCUCGCCCAUCGUUAACACAUGCUUUAGCUUGACCCCAAUUUACAAAUCACUCUUUACCACCCAAGUGGAGAUGGUUUGUUCAUAACAUAAUUUCCCCAGGUCUACCCCCACUUAAAAAAAGCGGCUGAUAAGCACGUGUUUGCUAAGUUGCCAUUGGCCACUCCUUUUAUUAGCAAUUUGACGCGUUUGACAGCUGUUGUCUGCAUGAAAGUGAGAUUCAAGGCCAAGGUAACCAGAGGUUUUUCUCUCUCUUCUUGUCGCUUUUGCGACUCGUUGUCGCCGCUUCGCAGCUUGCUGUUGAUCUCUUUCGCAAAGAAAAAUCAAGAAAAACCUCUGGAACCAGGGUAACCCAAUACAAGAGUUGAGAUGAAUUUUGAGAUUGAGUCAGAUGGUAAUCUAAUUUGGCAAGCCGGAGCUGCUUGCAGGGUGGCUAUCACUAGGAUGCAAUCGUAUGUCCCAGGAAUAACCUUCAAUAGUGAGGGCCAAUCAUCCUAUAUGAGUCAAUACCUUAAAAACCACAAGUGGACUUACUUGAGAGAGAAUAUAGAAAGAUCAAAUAGUAGCCAGCAGAGAGCUGGGCAUUUCAGAAUCUCUUCUGGUAUUUCGAAACCCCGACACAUGUUUGUAUUCAUAACCAAUGAUGCGAAUAUCAAUGCCCAGACAGAAAAUCCAUUCUUGUACAACACAUUCUCGGUCUCAACUGACCCAAGAACCUUAUCCAAUUGUCACCUCGAAGUUGGAAACGGUAACGAAUACCCAGAGAUACAUUACACACCAACUACUGAUAUAACUAGAGUCUUCAGGGAUGUGUUGAAAUAUGUUCACAAAAAUAAUGAAUACGGUGAAGGGUCAUUACUCAAUAAAUCUAAUUUUAGUGCGCUAUUCCCCUUCCCAUAUUUCGACUUAACAAAGCAGAAAAUGGACUUUAAGGAUGGCACUACAAAACUGACAUUCAAAUAUGAGCUAUCUGGAACAGCGGCAACAGCCUACUCAAUUUACGCAUUAACACUAUAUGAGCAAGAUGUUGAGCUAAUUCAGAAGGAUGGUAGAAUAAUACUAAGAUCGUAAAUUAUGUAACGUAUAUUAUAUACAAGUUAUGACAAAAUAUUAUCCUUAUGGCAUGUCACUUAGUAAAGAACAAUUGGAAAAGCUUUCAGAGCUUAAAAUAAUAAUUCAGCGAUAACCAUCAGACUUACCAGAAAUGAGUUAUCCCGACCACAUGAAUUAAUGCUAACAAAAACUCAGAUCAAUAAAUUGAAAAAAGCAAUAAGCCAGGGUACAGGAUCGGAUAUCAAAAUAUCAAAAACACAAAUCAGAAAGGCUGUUAGACAGGGUGGUAGUUUGUGGGGAUCAUAAAUCAGUUUAGGAAGCAAGUUGCUACCUAUGGCAAUGCCAUUAACCAAAAAAGCUAUCGCACCCAGGGUGCAAAGAAAAUCAUGUUCACAGCUUGCAAUUCGGGCAAGCUGAAGCUAGCAUUUACUAGCCCAGACAUCAUUUCAACUAGCCCCAAAAGCUUUUAGACGAGCAGAAUUGACUUCACAGUUCUUCUGUUAUUCGAAUUCCUCAAAAACAUCACUUGCCCGUCGGGCAAGUUAAAAACAGAAGUCACUAGUCCGAUAGGAAAAUCCACUAGCCCCGGGCUAUCGGACACUACUUUCUUUGCACGCUGGCACCACUUGCAACAGGUGCGCUAUCUGGAUUAGCCAGUCUCGGUGUGGAUAAAAUAUUCGGAAAAGGUCAACGAGGAGGUUUUCUUAUUCCAAUAGAUAAAAUAGCACAAUUGGUUGCAUACAAGCAUUUACUGACCACAGGUCAGAAAAAGGAUAUUCUUAAGGCUCUCCAAACUGGAAACGGAUUGGUUAUCAGACCAACAAAAACACAGAGCAGCGGAUUUCUUGGUACUCUACUAGCGAGUAUAGGAGUCCCUCUAUUACUAAACGGUAAUAGAGUAUGGUAUGAGAGUAAAAAAAGGAAAGGGAAAGGGACUGCUACUAGGCAAGAACAGCCCAUUCAAUUCAAUCCCAAUUCUAGGAACAAUACUGUAAGAUUCAUAAACAAACCGUUAUCGAACAUUGAUUUGUUACAAUGGGUUACACAAUUGGGAAUUAAAUAUUUCAGGGGUAUCUACAGCCGUGAUAAUUUACCAGACAAAAUACUCAAAUUGAAAACUGGAAUAAUUAAUUUGGAUGAUUCAAUGGGCGGGGGCAGUCAUUGGAUUUGUUAUAGAAACGUGGAUAAGCAAUAUUGUGAAUAUUUUGAUCCGGUCGGAUUAAUCAUGCCCAGUGAAAUCAAAAACUAUCUGAAAACAUGCGGUAAAAAAAUGGUGUUCUCAUCAGAUGAAAUACAAGAAAGAGACAGUGUUUUAUGCGGUUAUUGGUGCUUAUAUUAUCUUCUAGAGAGACGAAAGGGUAGAUCAUUAUUAGAUGUUAUACAUAACCCCAAAUUCGGUUUCACAAAUCAAAUGAUAAAUCACCAAUUUCUGAUAAACUAUUUUAUGUAAUCCUAUUAUAUAGAAUGUCUGAAAAGUUCUGUGUUUAUUGUCAAGAAGUUACUCCACAUUAUAUGAAUCAAUAUGGAUGUUCCGAGUGCUGCAACUGUGAACCCUUGAGUGAGAGUGAUUAUGAGUCAGAUAGCAGCCAUGAUACUUAUGUUCCAGACAGUAGUGAUAGUGAUUAG